AUGACUAAUGCACAAACUUGGCUUGACGAAAAUAUUCCGCUAAAUCAAAGAGAUAAUAUCGGAGAAUUACUGAUUGACAAUAUUUCUCAACAGGAAAGAAAUGAGAGAGACAAUGAAUUAG